UGUUGCGCUUUUGGUGUGCGCUCCGAGUGUGGGCGGCCCUGUGGGGGUGUGUGGCAGGGGUUUCCAGACCCGGGGCCCACACACCAGCCCCUUCCAUCAGGGGUUCGGUUUAGGGUCGCCCCUGGCGGGCGGCUCUCGAAUCCUGAAGAACAGCACGCGAACCCGGACCCUCCCGGGGCUGCGGAGGUCGGCAGGAAGAUGGCGGCAGCGUCGGUCUCUGAGACUUCGGCUUCUCAGUUCUCGAACAUCUUAGCAGAACCAUCAAAGUCUAAUGGAAAUAUGGUUCACGAUUCCUCAUCUUCAUAUGUAAUAUAUCCACCUGAUAAGCCUUUCCUUAAUAGUGAUCUGCGACGUUCCCCAAAUAAGCCUACAUUUGCCUAUCCAGAAAGCAACAGCAGAGCUAUAUUUUCUGCUCUGAAGAAUCUUCAAGAUAAAAUUCGACGUUUAGAACUUGAAAGGAUUCAGGCAGAAGAAAGUGUGAAAACCUUGUCUAAAGAAACAAUUGAAUAUAAGAAAGUACUGGAUGAACAGAUACAAGAAAGGGAGAAUUCAAAGAAUGAGGAAUCAAAGCACAAUCAAGAGCUGACAUCUCAGCUGUUAGCUGCAGAAAAUAAAUGUAAUCUUUUAGAAAAACAAUUGGAAUAUAUGCGUAACAUGAUAAAGCAUGCAGAAAUGGAGAGGACAUCUGUAUUAGAGAAACAGGUUUCCCUAGAAAGAGAACGACAACAUGAUCAAACGCAUGUUCAAAACCAACUUGAAAAACUGGAUCUUCUUGAACAGGAGUAUAACAAGCUUACCACAAUGCAGGCCCUUGCAGAAAAAAAAAUGCAAGAGUUAGAAGCAAAACUCCAUCAAGAAGAACAGGAAAGGAAACGUAUGCAAGCUAAGGCAGCCCAGUUGCAGACUGGUCUAGAAAGAAAUAGACUUAUCUUUGAAGAUAAGGCAACUUCAUGUGUUCCCAAUGCAAAAAGAAUUAAAAAAAAGAAGUCAAAACCACCAGAAAAGAAAGGUUCUAAGAACUAUUUUGCUGCACAACCACAUUAUAGAUUAUGCUUGGGUGAUAUGCCAUUUGUAGCUGGAAAGUCCACCAGCCCUAGCCAUGCUGUGGUAGCCAAUGUUCAGCAUGUCUUACAUCUAAUGAAGCAACACAGUAAAGUCUUGUGCAAUGAUCGAGUAGUCAGUAGUGUUCCUUUGGCAAAGCAAGUGUCUUCACGAAGUGGGAAAAGCAAGAAGUCAGCAACGCCUCGCCCCUCUAGCAGCAUUAAUGAAGAGCUGGCAGAAGUCUUAGAGACUUUACAAGAUGAAUUUGGGCAAAUGAGCUUUGACCACCAGCAGCUUACGAAACUUAUCCAAGAAUCACCAACCAUGGAACUGAAAGAUAACCUAGAGUGCGAACUGGAGGCAUUAGUGGGCAGGAUGGAAGCAAAGGCCAGUCAAAUAACUAAAGUUCGAAAAUAUCAAGCCCAGCUGGAGAAACAGAAGUUGGAGAAGCAGAAGAGGGAAUUAAGAACCACCAAAAAGACUCUUGAUGAAGAAGGAAACAGCAGCAGCCGUUCUUCUGCAACCACAGGGACCACAAAUAAGAAGGACUUUGCCAAACCGAGACCUGGAGAAAAAAGCAGGAGAAAUCUUCAGUUAUUGAAGGACAUGCAAACCAUACAGAAUUCAUUACAGAGCAAUAGUUUGUGUUGGGAUUACUGACUGGUACCAGGUCAUAAAUGUUAUUCACAUAAUCUGUACCUCAUCAAUCAGAUGUUGACAGUUUACUUUCCAGGUCUCAUACUCUUACAUUGGAAUUAAUUAAUAGCAGGUAUUAAGGGGCCCAAGCUUCAUUACACAGGCUUCUUGUGUUACGUAUCACAACUAAAUGUUAACCCAUCUAAAUGGAAACCAGGGGAGUUUUAAAGGCCAAAAAGCCACACAUACUCUGUUUCCUGUUUGAGAUGAAUUUGCUGUACUGAGAUAUUGCACUUUGUAAACAAAUUACCAAUUUUUUA